UUAAGGAUCAAUCUUAGUGUUCCAUUUUCGUUCGUCUGUUAAGAGGCAAACAUUUUGAAUAAAAUUUUGAGGAGAAUGAAAAUGAAGUUGUUAUUCUCUUAUAUUUUCCUUCUGUUUAGUCCCGUUGUUAUUGCGAGAGGUGCAAUAGCGAAUCUGCAGCAACCAUACAACGUUAGUGGUAUAAUUCCUGCAGUAUUUGUGUUCGGGGAUUCAGUAGUUGAUACAGGCAACAACAACUGGAUUGCGACGUUAGCCAAGGGGAAUUUCCCACAAUAUGGUAAGAACUUUGAGGGAGGAAAGGCAACUGGUAGAGUUUGUGAUGGAAAAGUUCCCUCUGAUCUUUUUGUGGAAGAAUUGGGAAUAAAAGAGUUGCUGCCUCCUUAUCUUGAUCCAACACUGCAACCUGAGGAUCUCAUAACGGGGGUUAACUUUGCUUCAAUAGGUUCAGGAUAUGAUCCACAGACAUUAGCUUUCUUGUCGGCUCUAUCAAUUCCGAAACAGUUAGAGUUGUUCAAAGAAUAUAUUGAGAAACUUAAAGCUAUUGUCGGAGAAGCAAGAGCUUUAGAAAUUGUGAGCAACAGCCUUAUUAUAGUACUUACGGGCAACAAUGACAUUCAAUUGAAUCCAGCUUCCUCUCUAAACCCAUCAUACGAAGCUAUCCUGGUCAAUUUUGCUACCUUUUUUUUGCAGGACUUGUACAAGUUGGGGGCACGCAGAAUUGGUGUCUUUGGAGUAACAGCGUUAGGAUGUGCGCCAUUACACAGGAAUACUCAAGGAGGAAUUCAAAGAAAUUGUGUAGAUUCUCUGAAUACCAAAGCAUACUCGUUCAACAACAAGCUAUCCAUCCAGAUAAAUUAUCUUGAUAACAAAUUUCCGGACGCGAGAAUAGUCUACAUUGACUUCUACAAUUUCCUCCUUGAUCUAGUCAACAACCCUACAAAAUAUGGGUAUAAGAUUGUCAAAAAUGGAUGUUGUGCUCUCGCUGGGAUAAUAGACUUACCUUCCUGUCCGAUCGCAUGUUCAAAUGAUUAUGAUUACAUUUUUUGGGACCUCUUUCACCUUACUGAGAGAACUUAUAGACUCUUAGUCCAUCAAGUUCUUCAACAACAUCUUCAAACCUUCAUUUCAUAACCAAUUCUUUUUCAGCGUGAUAGCAAUACUUAAGCGAAGUGAUUUUUGUGUUAUCAACUAAACGAAGUGACUUUUUCCCAUCAUUUUCAAUAAUUAUGUGACUUUUCUGUUACAAAAUAAAGAAGAAGAAUUCUAUUACACCAUUAUCAAUAAUUGAGUGACCAUAUAGAUAUAGGCCAUCAAGUCUUGUUUAUGAUGUCUGAUUAUAUAUGAUCGAGUGGCCAGUCCACGAAGAUUUUUCUGGUGCACUUAUACUUGGCUAUUUUUAUUUGGAUGUUUUAUAAUGUAGCCACAUUCUUGAAUGUUGGGCAAAGCUAAGCUUGAUCGAGCGG